CGUGUUUAGUGUUUCAUUCGUUAAUAUCGGAAAACAGUUAUUUGUCUAUCAAAAAUGGCAUCAACAAGCAUUAUCUUCAUCGUGUUGGCUAUGUGCUUCUCAGCCUCUUUCGAAAGUGUAGUCGUACCAUACGCCUCAUCGUACAACGCACACACUGUGAAUCACGCCGUUGCCACUCCUUUCGCAGCCGCGCCGGUCGCCGCUACACCAUUUGUGGCCGCUGCUCCAGCACCUUAUAUUGCACCGUUGGCGCCAGCUCCCCUUGUAGCCCGUACAGCUCCUUUAGUAGCACCUGCACCGGCUCCAUUGAUUGCUCCUGCUCCAUCUCCUUUCGUUGCCCGUGCAGGUCCAUUGGUUGCACCAGCUCCUUAUAUUAACUCAUUUGCUCCAUUGGCGCCCGCACCUCUUAUAGCUCGUGCUGCUCCUUUGGUAGGACCAUCGCCUUACAUUGCACCUGCUCCAUUUGUGGCCAGAUCAGCCCUACCUCCAUUCGCCACACCAUACUCAUACCCAUAUCUUUUCUAAGAAAAGUUUAGAGUUGAGGAAUUUAGUCUACUUCAAACAAAUCAACGAAAAUAGUUUUCCUACAUAGGUGCGGGAUAGGAACAUGACUGAAUUGAAAUUGAAACAAUAAAUUGUUGUUUUUUUUAUAAAAUUGGUUGGUUUU